UAUAUAUGCAUGGAGUUGUUGUAUGUUUUGUCUGCAAGCUGUUAGAUUCCUAGGAGACUGUGACGACCCAAACCCCAACUCUCCAACCCACUUUCACUCUCAUUGGGUCUCCCAAAACCUCUCUCACACAGCCCAACUCCAUUUUCAAAUUUGAAAAACCUCAACUUUCUCACUCCCCAUUCCCAGUCACGGGCUCUAUUGGCGCCCGCAUCUUCCUCGCUGCACUUUGACCGCCUCGGCGUCGCCAAAAUCCCAUUUUGACCGCCACCCAUUUGUGUUCCCUCCUGCGCUCGCUUUAAACCCAAACCCUACUCUACUAAAAGAGUAUCAGUUUCUUGCCAAACCCAGAAAAAAAGCAUGAGCAAAGAGCCCAAUAAUAGCGGCGAUGGCGGCGAGCUCAAGGUCAGUUUGGGCAACACCAGCUGCACCAGUCUUGAUUUGUGUAGCCCCACGUUUACCGUGUCUGAGAAGAGUAGCGUGGGGAGUAAGGUUAGCGAUGGGUGUUUCGAGGGGAAAGAUGCCAUUUUUGUGAAUGGCGAAGCUGAAAGUGAGAAAUGUAGCUUCAGUUCGGGUAGUUACUGUAAUGGGGGUGACCCGAAUGAAGGUAGUUUUAGGAUGUCGAAACCGCACAAGGCUAACGAUGUUCGGUGGGAUGCCAUACAAUGUGUGUCGGCUAAGGAUAGGGAGUUGGGUCUGGGGCACUUUAGGCUUCUGAAGAAGUUGGGGUUUGGGGAUAUUGGGAGUGUUUACUUGGCUGAGCUAAGAGGGAUAGGGUGCUUGUUUGCAAUGAAGGUCAUGGAUAAAGGGAUGUUAGCCACUAGGAAGAAGGUGAUGAGAGCUCAAACCGAGAGGGAGAUUCUUAGUUUAUUGGACCAUCCAUUUCUCCCUACCCUUUACUCACAUUUUGAAACAGACAAGUUUUCCUGCUUGCUUAUGGAGUUCUGCAGUGGUGGGGAUCUGCAUUUGCUCAGACAACGUCAGCCUGGCAAGCAUUUCUCGGAGCAAGCAGCAAGGUUUUACGCCUCAGAGGUGCUUCUUGCGCUUGAAUAUCUCCAUGUGAUGGGAGUUGUGUACAGGGACUUAAAGCCCGAAAAUGUCAUGGUGAGGGAAGAUGGGCAUAUUAUGCUUUCGGAUUUUGACUUAUCGUUGAGGUCUUGUGUGAAUCCCACUCUUAUAAGCUCCAGCAGUGAACCGUCUUGCACGAUCUCUUCGUAUUGUAUCCAGCCAGCGUGUGUUGAUCCAGCCUGCAAAUUACCCAUUUGUGUAGAGCCCGUGUGCUUUCAACCGGCUUGCUUUAAGCCACGCAUUUUCUCCUCCAAAACUGCCAAAACGAAAACCGAACGUGCCCCUUUUGUUAGUUUAGAUUCAAGGCCUGUAUUGGUUGCAGAACCAACUGGUGCAAGGUCCAUGUCUUUUGUCGGGACACAUGAAUACCUCGCCCCUGAGAUAAUAAGGGGAGAUGGGCACGGGAGCUCGGUUGAUUGGUGGACGUUUGGCGUGUUCUUGUACGAGUUACUUCACGGGAAGACACCCUUCAAAGGAAAUGGAAACCGAGAGACAUUGUUUAAUAUCGUUGGUCAGCCCUUGAAGUUCCCGGAGGGCUCUGCAGUUAGCUAUGCUGCUAAGGACUUGAUCCGAGGUCUGCUAGUGAAGGACCCUCAAAAACGAUUAGGAUACAAAAGAGGCGCCACCGAGAUAAAACAACACCCGUUCUUUGAGAGCAUUAACUGGGCUCUAAUCCGGAGUACUCACCCACCCGAGAUUCCAAAACCAGUUGAUCUUACGUUUUUGAAGCAAACAUUCAAGCCACCUGCGUGUGAAAGCCAAGCCUCCGACUCUGCCAGGUCAUCAGGUCCUUAUUUAGAUUUCGAAUUCUUUUGAAUGGAUUUUCACAGAAUUGAUUGUAGUUAGUAGUGUUUAUCGAGGCAAUCUGAUGCCCGUUGCCCGAGCUUAUUUGUAUUCUGUAAGAAAAUUGACUUCACCUUACCAAAAUCUUUCCCAUCUUCCAAUCCAAUAAUAAAGAUCAUGCUCUUAGUCGUUCCA